AGUCUAUACCUACCCCAACCCUAAACAUACCCUUACAGUAAUGCAGAUACAUUAAAUAUUGUUGUUUAGUAUGAGAAAAAGGCAAUAUUGAUGUGUGCAUGCGCACUGGUAGUACAAUCUGACGGGUAGGAUAAAAUGUCAGGACACCGGCGCUAAGGCAGAGCAGGCAGUUGUCUAAAAGGCCUCAGGCUUCGAGGAGAGGCCUCCAUAACCGUUACAUCCCCUAUUCGUUAGUCAACCAAUCAAGACAGGCAGCCAAAUACUAGCCUCAUUGUUCAUUGGAUAUAGUUGAAUUGUCACUCACCUGCAAUUAAACCAAUUAAUGCUGCCGUUUCAAAGCGGGUCCCGCCUUCUGAAUGUUUGCCGUGACGAACUCAUCCUUCAGGUGAUGUAAGCUAAGCAGGGCUGGCAGGCAAAGAAGUACAGCUCCUAAUCCAGAGAUGCACGUUGAGUAAAUAAAACUUGGACCUUCCCUUGUGGAUUCCAGGACUUCACUAUUUAUUUGUGGCAUGUGUUGUACCAGUGUGUGCAUCUGUGUAAAUAUUACUGCAGGUAGCUUAGGGCUUGCCUAAUAAGGAAUGAUUUGUUGUUCCUGACUAAUCUAUGGACUCUGAGAUUGUGCAACAUCACAGGAGACUGACAAUACAGAUAGAGCAAGACAGUAAACGAAAGAAAGCAGCAGCAUGAAAAAACAGCAUAAUGCAAAAAUCAGCUUAGCAUAAAUUAGGCCAGUGGACUAACCUGAGGAUACAGGAAGAGAAGAGUUACAAAACAAGAAGUUACAUCGAGUCUGUACAGUAGUGUGAACACAUGAGGGCAGGGAUUCGCUUGCCAAUUUGUGGUUGAAUGAAGAUCAACACCCAUUCAGAAAACUGACAAACACACUGUGUGAGAGAAGAAAGGUCCUGAGCACAGUGGUGUAGAGAUGCUCAGGAGAGAGAGUGGGAGCACAUAGACUGAGAAGGACAGCAGGGCCCCCCGAGGAGGACAGUGGAUCAUUAUGGGAGUCAAAUUCAGGGCUUGUGUAGCCAUUGUCUUCAUCCUCCUUUUGCUUGGCUCCUUGUGGCUACAUGGGAACCUGGAGGACCACUGGAAUACUUGCCCAAAGGUUUCUAGUGUAAAAAAUAAGGUUCUGUCUUUGAUUAGAGUUAAUAGUUCAGAUGACGAUGUGGCUCCACUGAGGGUGUGUCCUGGCAAGAGGUUUCAAGUUGCCGAUUUGCUGGCUCACCUGCAGGCAGCACCAGUCUCAACCAAUGAUGUGCUUCUAAAGCCAUACCUGGCAAGCUGGGAUGAGCUUAUCAGGUUUUUGGAAGCCCUUGGGCCAAUGGUGGGUUUAAUUUCACAAGAAAUUGAAUCGAAAACUGACAUCAUUCGUGACCUGGCCCAAAAUGCGGAGAAAGAGGCAGAGAAAAGAAUGAAAGACAAACAAAGAAUGCCUCAGCAAAGUGACCCAGUCUUAAUGAUAUCUCAUAAUAGAUCUUUAAACUACUCCAAAAUGAAUCACAGACUCUUAUUUGGUUACACUUCUAUUCGGUCUAUGAUUAAAUGGGAGCUGGAGAACGGUUUGGUGGACUUCCACAAGCAGACAAACUCUGGCUGCAGGACUCUGUUGCGCUUGCAUCGUGCUCUGCUCUGGCUGCAAAACUUCCUGCAGGAACUGGGGAAGGAUGCAAGUGAAGGAGAGCAUCUACGAAGACCUUCUGACCUCUGCAAAGAAACUUACCAGCGCACACUGGCCCACCAUCACAACUGGUGGGUAAGGAAAGCAGCAGAACUGGCCUUUCUUGCUAUGCCUGAACGACCUUAUUUCUACCAGUUGGUGUGUGUGGAAACGCAGUCAGAAGCUGCUGUGGUGCUGAACAGGGUAGUGAGAGCAAUAGGAGAAGUGUACGAGAGAAAUGAAGUGGCUCUACAGGAGCACGGCAUGCUGGAUCUACCCUGAGUGUAGAAAAAGGGAGGAAAAAUGACAGGAAAUAUGAAUGGGACCAACCUAAAAAACAGGGCACUAAAUUAUAAGACUGGAGCUUUGAACCCUUAUGAGAAAAGAAAUGAAGACAAGGCUUAUUUAUUCAUUCUUACUGAUGUUCUCAAAUUAAGUUAAAUUUUCUUAAAGAGUUAGUGACCACUUUCUUAAAUUAUUAGUGACCAAAUUCAUGAGUUCAUCUGGAAUGGGCAAUUUUUAGUGAAAAAGUGAAAAAGGUUGGCAAUAAAGAAAUAAAAGCAUCUCACUAUCAAAGAUGUAACAGUUUUGUUUUUAAAACAACUAAAUAUGCUGUAUAUUGUUGGUGCUUGUCAUCUCUUUUCCUGAUAUUGGAGAAAGCCAUGCAUUGAUUCUUGUGAAGAUAUUUGCGGUUGUCAGUAGGUUUGCACCCUAAUAGAACUGUUUGAUUGUGAAAGAUGCAGCAAUGCAGGCUCAGCAAAAGGGACAGACUAAUCCAAAGUCCGAACAGAAGAACUUUUUUACAAUCCAUACGCUUAUCAAAAGCAGUUUUAUAGCAGUGUGAUUGAUACCUAAUGAUUGCUCAGGGGAUAUUCUCUCAGAGGCACACCUACAUCCAUUUUGGCAUGACAAACUGGAUAGCAAUGAGUCAUUCUAUAAUUAGGGGUACAUGUCAUGUCCAUGGACUCUAUUAUCAAUUUUACUAGUUUUUCAGUAACUUUUCACUUCAAACAAUGAUCACUUUUAUAUCAGGGGACAUUUCUAAUUAAUGUAAUACAAAAAUCCAACAGAUAUCUAUCUUUUAUCUUGCAAAAAUGGCAUAUUCUAUACUGGAAUUUGCUGUUUUUUUGUGCUGUCCGAUUUGGUAAAUGUUUUUGCAAAAAGGUUUUGCAAUUCAGAUUAGCUCUAAAAUACGUUUCUGUAUAUAUUUCUUAUAAAUAUUUGUCCAAAAUAAUCCUUAAAUUAAGAGAAAGACAUUUUAAAAAAUAUCUUAUCAUUUAAAUUAAAUCAUCCAUUUUGUGUGUGUCCAAGAACUCAAUGUCAACUGUGUUACACCCUGUAAAACCCCCUAUAAAUCAGCAAUGGUUUGUUCCAAAGUCACAUGUCCAACAUUACGUGAUGUAUUUUCUUUUUUUGGAGGGAAAACUAUUGUCAUUAAAGAGAAAUUACAUAGGAAUUGCCUAAAACCAUGGAAAACAAUGGAUGAACUUAACUGAUCUAAUCACGGCCACACUUUCUAUGAACUCUGUAUCCAUAAUAUUAUAUACACAUUAUAUUCUCAUUUGUCAAGGGUUAAAACGCAUUCAAUAUUACUCAUGAACCUAUAUAAUAUUAUAGAUUUGGCAUAUUAUCUAUUUUUGCUUAGUCAUGACUUCAUUUACGUUAUAAUAAUAUAAUAUAUAUUAUUUAACGUUUAAAUAUAUAUUAUAAUGUGUGUGUGUUUAAAAUGCUUUACUAAGUUCAUUCUUACCUGUCAACUGUGUUACUUUGUCAGCUGUGUUAUGUGUGGUUUUUAUGUUAUAAAUCUUUUAAAUGUGAACUAAACCAUCAUAAAAAAAGAUGGGGAUAUCUCUGGAGAUGGGUGUGUUUGGUAAGGAUGGUGAAUAACGCUAAAUUCAUCAUACUGUGGAUUUAUGUUGAAGAAAAGUAUCAUCCUUCAUGAUAGCAUCCCACAGUACGCCCAUUAUAAAGCCCCAAAUUCAUAUUUUCAAAUCAGUUAGACAGAUAACCUCAAAAACUCUGGUGAAUAGACUCAGAAACAAUCAAACAAAUGUGUAAUCAAAUGUGUGGGACUUCAUUCAUGUUUCAUUUGACACAACCUUUGUCUGUAACACAGUUGACAAAAUAAUGAAUCAAAUUUUAAUUUUCAAUAACGUAUUUAAAAAGUCGUUAGAGCUUAAGCUUGCCAAACAAUUAAUUUAGCACAUUAGGAGUAUAUAUUAUUCAACCACCUAAUUUAUUUAUCAAAAAAGAAUACUGAUUUUCUGACUUUUUGGCUGACAUGAAAUGUACCCCUUAAUAUAGAAUGACUUCAAUGUGUUUACAGAACUACUUUUACGGAAACCACUCAAGGUGGCUAAAAGUGGCUCUAUAUGAUGAGCACAGAGGGGUAUGGCUGUAGCAUAAUUUGAAAUAAUUUUGAACAGUAAAUUUGAAAAUGUACUGAAAUGUAUUGUCUAAAACCUUAAUAAUAACAAUUUUAAAAUAGUUAUUUUUAAUGCUACUACCAUAUACACAAAGGUAUGCAAUUGGGGUAAGUAAGAUAUAGCUUCUAGAUUUUGUAUCUUUAUUUUACCACCCCACUGACAACUUUUUUGAGGGUGUAUUAAUUCAAAUGACAUAUGACAUCAAAAUGGUUGUUGUUAUGUCACAUUACCUCACUUUGUCAAAUAUGCAUAUUAUUCCACAAAGUAACCCUGUCGAAAUUGUGUGACUGAAAGGGCACUGUAGCGUUAGAGAAACUGGAGAAACCUAAUACUUUUUACCUUGAGAACUGAAUUCGGGAAAUGAUAAUGCAGAUUUUAUUGAUGAAGAGGAGACAGUGUAUUUUUGGUAAUGGUUUGUUAUUUCAAUACAUCAGAUUAUGAACAUAUAAGGUGUUUAUAUAAUUAAACUUAACUAGUCAAUAUAUUUCAGGCUCUCAUUGUUCAUCAAACAUUUGAGCAGUUUGCACAAGGUCCAGUGCUAUAUGAGCACUGAGCCAUAUCAAAUGAGCUCUAGUUUGUUCUGUGAUGUUGUUGAGGUGGUGCUUGUUCUCACAACCCACUCUUUUCAAGCACAUCUAAACAGCAUUCCCUGUAUAUACUUAUUCAUACAUUAGGGAAAUGACUUGUCACCUUGUUUUUGAAAGCUGUUGAAUUGUGUUGGGUAAUAUGUUCACAGGAGACUUAUUUAAAAUUUUCCAUGUAUUGUCAAUGUUAAAUCUGUACUUUUAUGAUAUGAUACAUUCUGGUAUUUUAAAGGCUACAAAGAGAUUCAGACUAUUAAAGUGACAAUUAUUUAUUAAAUUCUUGCCGAAUUAUUGUGACCUCCUUGUAUUUUAUAAUAAGCACUAAAAACCUAAAAAGGGGCUCUAAUGCUAAUCCGUGCAUUCUGACUUAUUUACACUGUUAAAGAGUUGGAUUCUCAUGCUUAACAUGGCCAAAGUUUAAAAAAAAAAACGAGUUGGAUGUAUAACGGAGUAUUUCUGUGUCAAAAACACUCCUUUCAUUUCGGAAGGUUUUAUUUUUUUUUUUUUUUUUUUUUUUUUUUUGAGUAUGGCCCUGUAUGACAUCAUAAAGUGCGGAAUUCCCUGUGUGGGCACUUCUCCUGGAAGAGCCUGAACAGCAAACAGAUUGAAAGCAAGAGCACCAUAUCGACAAGCUUCAUUGGGGUUACUGAAGUCAUCGGCAGCGCUGCACAGGACUUGCUUGAGAAGGAUUUGUCAUUUUGUUUUUAGACCACCAAAUCAACAGUGUCACCAAAGAAGUGAAAGAUAACCUUGUUCAGCUUCCCAAAGUACCCAGCUGUUUGUUUCUCCAGGGCAGCAAAGUAGUUGUGCAAAUGUUUGUUCUUGGCAUUUUGUGACGAAUGUUUUUAUAAACAAAUUAAAUAAAAUUGAAGUCAAUAAA